AUGGAGCCGGACGAAAUUUUAACGAAAAGAAUCGACCUAAUGUUGGAAAAUUACUUCAAAAUGGCCGAAACGGAACGACAGAAUCUCUUCGACGCGUUAAAGAUGGAAAUUUCGCGACAUUUCGAAGACGAUAAAGUUCCCAUAAUUUCCAUAAGCUCCUGGAGGUAUUGCGUAAUGGACGAAAAAUCCUCCAUGUACAAAGACUUCCCUUAUUGGUCGUUCGGAGUUCAUUCAAAGCCUACUCCGAAAACGAUGCUAUUUGGUCGGUUUUACAUCGAUAAACUGGAAGGAAGGCUGAUGAUCGAUGAUAAUGUUCACAAAAUGCCUUGCUCAAUUAUAAAUUCCACGGUUAAUCUUUCGAUAUUCUAUAAUACUUAUAUCCUUUUGAAGGACUAUAAAAUCGUAACGGAGAUAUUCCGAGAUCCGAACGUGAAAAAUUGGGAAUACUUGAUUGCGAAUUUUGAGGAUGUUAUUUUAUUGCAUCCUUUGGAGAAAUGUAGUUUAUUUGGAACGGUUCCACCGCUCAGAAAGUUUCCGAUCAUAGAGGAAAUUGUGAUUGUUCGAAAAAGCCAGGUUUCCUUGCGAGAAAUCACCGUUAUGACUGUUGAAACCCAUUUGGAAAUUAUAUCGGUUCAACUUGGGAUUAGAGCUUACCUUUCAUUGCCUCAUUUGUACAGUCGUAUCCAUUUGUUCUUAAGAGAAGGAUUCAAAUACAAAUUGUACACCAACAGACAUUUUAUGUCGAAGGACAAUCGUAAGCUGAGAUCGAUCGAACAAUUACAAUGCUUUGUUAUUUCUCCAGAGGAUAAUGUUUAUUUCGAGGAAGUGGAAAAGUAUGAAAAUUUUACUGAAAUCGAGAAUGGUUUAAUAUCGUUCGAGCGAGCCGUUUGCAACAGAGACUUUGUGGAGAAUAAUUUCAUAAAUGAAUCGAGUUUGGCUGGUUUACCUAGUGGAUUUAAGAAUUUAGAUAAUAAAACCAACACGGUGGAUUUUUCGGAAUCGAAACAAGACGGUUUACGAUUGUAUCUAAGUAAUAAAGAAUUGAAAGUUCGACCGAUGGGAUUCAUACCUGACAUGAUUCUACGAGUUAGAAAUGUACGAAAAAAACCAAAAUAUUUACAACCUACUGUAUUUACAACGAUAGAAAUCGUUCGAUAUGAACCCAAAGUGCCGUUUUGUUCUGCAAAUUUAUCAGAAACGAUGUAUUCGGAUUGGGGUCCCAGGUAUUUUCUCAGCAAAGGCAACGGAAUACCCAAAAAUGUGAUAAUUUGGAGCGAGAUUUACGAGACUAAAAUAUACGAAUUGAAAAUAACGAAACCCAAAAACAUCCAAGAACUAACCGAUAAAAGUUCUACGAAUUGUGACGAAGACAAAAUGAAAUUCUACAUGGUUCUAUUUGCGACCGAUAUGUUUGGAAGAAGUAGAGUGUACUCAAACGAAGCGGAUUUCGUAAAGAAAAUGUUGAAUUUAAGCGAUGUUAAUUUCGAAAAAUUGUCGGAAGUUUGCCAGUUUGUGACCGGUUCGUAUUCGUUUAGCGAUCAAGACGAAAUAGAGGAUACCGAUGAACAUCAAAUUAACGUUAAUCAAAUGGGCGAUUCCAAUUUGUUUCAAUAUUUGCUAACGAAAUUCAUUCGACAUUUCAAUCGAAGGGGUUUGCAUCGUUCUUCUUUAUGGAUAAAAUGUCGAAAAGAGUCCGAUGUGAGACCAUCGUUUAAGCCGAGACCGAAUUGGAAACUUUUAGAUAUGAAAACAGUACAUUGUUAG